AUGGCGGUAAAUUUUAAUUUGACAAACACAUGUUCUGUUCUUGGAUCUGUCCAAAAAAUAUGUGAUAUCACUGGAGGAGAUCAUCUUCUCAUUCAACUUGGAGAUCUCUCUAGAGACGUUCUUAAAGUGGUUCUAUCCAAAUUCGGCAAAAUAUUACAAUCUGAAACUGGUGGAUUUUUGACUUCAUCGCCGCAACCUUCGCCGUCAGCUACAGAUGAUAUUGAUACGAGUCAAUCAAUUAUUGAAGAAGUGAGUUUAGAAAAAUUGAAAAGUUUUGAAAAAUCUCAAUUUUUUGCAGGUUAUUGCUGGUUUGGUGAAUUCGACAGUAGAAAACCAACGUCAAGAACUCAUAGAUCGCCGGCUUCAAAUCAAAAAAGAAUCGUACGACAAUCAUAUUCAACUAUUACAGAAAGAUUUGAAAGUUAGUUUUGAAAUGAAAAACAAAUGAAAUUUUCCAUGGAAAAACAUAAUUUUUUAGUUGAUUGAGCAAAUGAUGUUGAUUGAUGGGACAAAUUGUGUGUACAAACCUCCUGUGGAAAUUUUGCCUUCUGAAAACAUCCCAAGCACUUCACGAAAUCAAUUCAAUUCAAUUAUAAAUCGAGUUUCAAAAAAUCCCGAUGGAAUUCAAGCGAUGAUUGAUUUGUUUUCACAUAUUUCUUCAUCAAAUCUCUCCCCUGAUCUGAAUGUGGCGAAAAAUAAAAAUCAAUCUCCAAUUCAAGAUGAAUCACCAGUAAACAUCAGAAAGCGUCUAAGGAAUCAUGAUUCGAGAACACCGAAAAAAUCAGCGAUUCGAAAAAUUGUCGAAGAACAACCUUCUUCUUCUUCUGGUUCUUCUUCUUCCCAAACAAAUUUGAGGAAUAAUUCAACGGUGUCCAAAGAAUUGAUAGAAAUAGUUUCGAAUAUGUCAGCACAUGAUGUUUGUAAAACAGAAGAUGGUGUAACUUAUGGACAUAGACGUGGAAAAACUGUAAGUUUUGAAGUCGGAUAACGAUUUUUCUAGAAAAAUUGAAUUUUAAGGAAUUUGUAUGUUCAAAAUGUGAAUGGAAAACAACAACUCGUGCACUUCUUAUUCUUCAUUCAUCAGAAUCACAUGGAAUUGGAAAGGUAUUUGAAUUUUGGGAUGAUUCUUGAAAACUCUUUUAAAUUUUUUAGACAUAUAAAUGCGCAGAUUGUGCAAAAGUUUAUACAGUCCUUUCCAAAUAUCAAAAACAUCGAGAAGAUUUGUGUACCAUGAAAAAUGGUGUACCCCUACGAAAAAGAGCCAAAUCUUGCGUCUCUUCAUAA